GAAGGAUUCGGAACAAGUGUCUGAAUAUAUAAUCGUAUGCAAACUGUGGCAAAUUACCUUCAGAUACAACGGAGAAAAUUCAUUUGAGGCAAGGUAAGAUAUUGAGUUCUCUAGCAUGAAAAUUUAAAAAUAUCAUGUGCGCAAUUGAGGAGUCCAAAAACCUGGAAAAAAUGACUGUUGAUGGACUUGCUGGGUCUUGAUCUUGAGGCACAUAAACAGCGAAAAAAAAUGAAGGAGCUGGAGCCUCUUGCAGAAGAACUACAAGCAAAGGCCACAAUGAAAGAAGAUAAAGCACUAUUUAUGCCAGAAAAUCAUGGCAAGGGACGCGAUCGUGAUAAUCAUAAAUUUAUUUGCAGUAGAGGCCCCAGGCAUGGAAACAACAGAAUUUGAUGAAAAAGGUCAAAAAAACCCAACAUAAUUGGCACGGAAGAGGAAAUAGCCAUGACAAAGAUGGCAGAUCAACUCUGGAAGAGGCAGAGAAUCAAUUAAAUGUUACAAUUAUUGAAAGUCCGGGAAUUUUGCUAAAGAAUGCUGGCUUAACAAUAAGGUUGAGAAACGAGCAAGUUCAGGCAUUUUGAUAAAGAAUGCUGGUUUAACAAUAAGGUUGAGGAGCAAAUUUAGUCCAGAAAGAGGAUCAUGGUAUAUAUUGUCCUAAUGACGUACAAAGAUGUUUUUCAUUGAAAAAAAUCGCCAUAAUAAAUUUUAUUUUGUUGUUCCGUCCAGGUUGGGAAGCAAAUAAAUUUAUUUAGAUUUUUGACAAAAAGAUGUUCAUAGAUAUGUGCAGGAGAGCUUCUGUGGAUAAACUUGAACGGACCAUCUUUACAUUUGACAAACUUAUGUUAUCCGCAAUACAAGGUAAGCAUGUUUUACAUAUAUAGAACAUUGUUACAACUACAUACAAAACAACGUAGUACAAAUUUUCAUUUUGUUCAUUAACAUUUAAUUUGAGUUGCAUUCUGAACUUGAAGCUUUCUUGUCGUCCUAUCAAUUCAAAAGUAACCACUUAUAUACAACAUAUACGCAUUUUAUAAAUCUUGUACCCCUGAGCUGAUACUUAAGCUGCAGGCCUGCAGUCAGAUGGAAACUAAUAAUUCACAACUCGAAAAAUUAAUUGAUUUGCCCACAGAUUUUGAUCAGUGUUGACAUGUAUAACUUCUCCUGUAAUAAUAAAGAUGAAUAGAUGUUUAGGAGAGCUCACUUCUGUGGAUAAAAUUCAACUGACCAUCUUUUCAUUUGACAGACUCAUGUUAUCCGCAUUAUAAGCUAGCAUGUUUCACAUUUGACAACUAGCUACAUAGUACAAAUUUUCAUUUUGUUCAAUAACAUUUUGUUUCAAUUGCAUUCACCUAAGCUUUCUUGUCAUAUUAUAAAUUCAGAAGUAACCACUUAAAGACAACAUAUACGCAUUUUAUGAAUCUAGGACCCAUGAGCUGAUGCUUAAAUUGCAUGCCUGCAGUCAGAUGAAAAUUCUAACCAGCUCCGAUAAAAAAGAACCAUCACUUCCUUUAAAGACCCGCAUCACCAUCGCCUUACUUAACAUCUUAGUGAACCUUUUAAUUCUGGUUCAAGAAUUCGUCUGAUUUUUGCCUGAAUCUGAUAAAGACCUUAUACAGUUUUUCCCUUUUAACCUGAGUCUUACAGGACCUUAUAAUAUUGUUGGUACAAGUCUGGUCGGGUCCAACACCGAAAAGUUGAGAAAAAUACAAUUUUUGAAAAAUACAAACAAGAAAAAUCCAGUUUCUUGGCCUGGCCUUAAGAACCAAGACUUUCGAAUUAAUUACGAGGGAAUGGCCCAAAUGUUUGUAAAAAACGAUGGCUCCUGAUCUCAGUUAGAGAAUCCGGUCUGAACAAGGCUCAGGCUUACGUCUCUCAUUUAUUAGUGCAUCUUUAGUACUCUAUUCUCAUACUCUAGUUGGUCGAAGUAGCAGAACAGAAUGAUAAUUAUUCACCAUUAUCAUGUAUAUUUGUCCUGUAAUGCCUUUGGUUAUCUGCUUAACAUCAUUGUGCACUAUGUUUUACUUUCAUACCCUUAUCUAUUACAUGUUGGGUCCUGUUCCUUAGCAACCGCGUGUUAGAUAAGGGUUAUCUAACACACUGUACGGGGGCCGUUAGAUUCAAGGGCUCAGAUCCAAUCUUGGGUUUUUAAUCUAUCCGCGGAAGGGAAAACUCUUUAUCCACGGUUAUUUUCCGCGGAAGGGAGUUUUCCCUAUCCACGGUUAUUUAUAGCACUUUGUCUUGCCAUAUUGGUUAUUGACGUGUGUAUUGAUGCAUCCAUGUUAAUCACUCUGGGCCAUAUAGUAUUUCCAAACUGUAGGUAAAAGGCCGACCUUGGUGCCUCUGGAGCGGCUAGAUCGAUUCUGGAGGUCAUUGUUACCAGCCGGGCGCGCAUGUAACAGGAACCACAAGGCAGUAAAAAUCACUGGGCCUGAAGCUGGGGACUUAUCACGUUGGAAUUUCCGUCAACAAUUGUGUCUGUCGGAGGAUUGGAUAAAAUUCUUCUCAGCGCCAAAUUAGUUGAAUUUUGAAGAGUUUUUAAGUUGUGCAGGCCUAGGUUCACCUCUGUGGAUAAACUUCACCAGGUCAUCUUUUCAUUUCACAAUCUAUUAUUAUCCCAAAGUUAAAAUACAUAACAAGUUUUACAAACUUUCGGAAAACUACACACACAUAAGUACAAAUUGUCAUCUCUCUUAUUAUCGUACUAUCAUUCUGAAGUGACACUUUCCACUUAGCAUACGACAUUCCGCAUUUUAUAGAUCUUGUACACUGGAGCUGAUAACUUAAUCUGCGCGCCUGCAGUCAGAUCAUAUGGAAACUCCGGUCAGCUCCAUCGAUGAAAAAGCACCAUCACUUCCUAUAAAACCUCGCGUCACUAUUGCCUUGCUCAACUCCUUAAUAAACGUUUGUUACAAAAAUCAUGACUCUAUGCGUAGACGCCUCUGGAACUUCUUAUGCAAACCCUUACUCACUUCAUCAAACCCUGAACCCAUAAAUGGUGUCUUGACUUAUGAUGUUACUGUCGAUUCCUCUCGUGACCUUUGGUUCCGUGUUUACGUGCCAACAACCACCACCGCGUCUCUUCCAGUAAUAAUUUACUUCCAUGGCGGUGGAUUCGUUCUUUGUAGUCCUCAUAUAAAGUUUUAUGAUGAUGUGUGCCGCCGUUUAGCAGCUGGAGUUUUGGCUAUUGUUGUGUCAGUUAAUUAUCGACUUGCACCUGAACACAAGUACCGUGCUCAACAUAUUGAUGGAUUUGAUGUACUUAAGUUUAUAGACGCGAAAAAGCAGAUUUUGCCAGAAAAUGCAGACCUGGCUAGGUGCUUCCUUGCUGGAGAUAGUGCAGGUGGAAAUAUAGCACACCAUGUGGCCAAAUCAGUCUGUGAGUCUUGCUUAGUGUUAAUUAAGGUUAAAGGACUGGUAGCUAUUCAACCAUUCUUUGGUGGGGAAGAGCGGACAGUGUCAGACGAGAGAAUAAUUAGGCCGAAUGUGGUGUCUUUGGAGCUGUUAGAUCAAUUCUGGAGAUCAUGGUUACCUGCAGGGAAGGAAUGUAACAGAGACCACAAGGCAGUCAAUGUCACUGGCCCUCAAGCUGCGGAUUUAUCAAGACUUGAUUUUCCGCCAACAAUUGUGUUUGUCGGUGGCUUGGAUACUUUGCAAGAUUGGCAAAGGCGGUACUUUAAUUGGCUCAGGAAUGCAGGAAUUGAAGUUGAUUUGGUUGAAUAUCCAAGCGCCAUUCACUGUUUUUUCUACUUCACUGAGUUGCCGGAGUCUCAUCAGCUGAUAACUGAUAUCAGACAAUUUGUUUGUAAACAAGAGAGUAAUUAAUUUAUGAUAAGCUGAACUCAGUACUACAGAAUAAAAUGACAAUGCAUGAGGCAUCAUUAUAAAUGUAUGAUAUUAUUACCUAAGCAUCCAUUCUGUACUGUUUCUG